UUACAGGUUUCUCUUUUUUCUUCUCCACCAUCAGUCUCCCUUUAUCGCAUUAUUCCCUGACAACUGCAGCGAUGGCGGAACCCGUGGCAUCGGACGCAAUAGCAACAGACGCAGCUCUUUCUCCGGCUGUAAGCCCGGGUUCGGAGCCUCCAUCCAUGGCGCUCUCUCCUUCUGCAGGCGGCUCCCAGCGGCUUCUUUUCUCCCACGAUUUGGUGUCGGGUCGGUAUCGCGACUUGGUCCGGUUCGGCCUAGUCAGAAUGAUACAAGGCGAGGAGGAGUUUGAUUCAGACUCGGACCUCGACGAUGGCGGAGGUAGAGGCGGUGUAGGAGGUGGCUGUAUCCCCUGUAACUCGGACACCGAGAGCAGUGUUGUGGACAGCCUGGCACCUCUGGGAAGGGGUUUUGUCCGGGUGCAGUGGUACCCAGAAGGAGGGAAACAAGACAUACGGGAAACAAAGCUGAAACUUGUAGAUCGAUCCAUCGUUAUCCGAGACAUUGUGCGGCGGAUGAAUUCUAACGACAACCAGUGUGGCAUCGUGACCGACAUCGACAUAGAGUGUGCUGUAAAACUAGUGGGGACCAACUGUGUCCUGUACCCCGUCAACAGUAAAGACCUACAUCACAUCUGGUCUUUCAUGUAUGGGGACUACAUAGCCUACGACUUCUGGCUGGGGAAGGUGUACGACCUAACCAAUCACAUCAUCCUCAAGCUGUCCAAUGGAGCCAGGUGUUCCAUGAAUGUGGAGGACGGCGCCAAGCUGUACGACGUCUGUCCUCACGUUAGUGACUCGGGUCUGUUCUUCGAAGAGGCCUACGGUUUCUACCCAGGCCAGGUGCUGAUCGGGCCAGCCAAAGUCUUCUCCAAUGUCCAGUGGCUCUCCGGGGUCAAGCCCGUACUCCGUAAGAAGAGCAAGUUCAGGGUGGUGGUCGAAGAGGUCCAGGUGGCGGAGUUGAAGGUGACGUGGAUCACCAAGAGUUAUUCCCCCAAGGGCACAGACAGCGUCUACCCCCCUCCUUCUACCAUCUCCCAGGAGAACCUCUGCAGAGUGAAGCGUCUGGGCUACUACGACCACACCCAGAGGCAGCUGGGGGAGAGGGCCCUGUACGUGUUCCCAGCCAAGGGAGACACCACACACAUCACCUGUGAGUGGCCCGACGGAGCUCCUGGACUCCCAGAGGACCCCGUAGCCAGGAAGUGUCCUAUGACAAUGUCCUUCCUGCAGUUGAAAAGAAUGUUCAAGAAGGAGUUGUUAGGAAAGAAGCCCAGUGAAAAUACAGACACACAAGGUGCCAACCAGCACUCCACGGACAACACGGACAGCCUUGAUGGUGACCUCAAGCCUGACAACACCCACCCAGACUCCACCAACCACACCGCGCUCCCCCGUCCUCACCACCCCAACAACGGCCCCAACCACACCCUCCAGCCCUUGCCCCUGUGCCCUCCCCUCUCUGACCCAUGGCCCGAGCCCGCGGAGCAGGAUGCAGACGAUGAGGCGGGGGCGGAGGACACGGACGACACGUUGUCGCUGACGUCGUCGGCAAGUAGCACCGCGUCGUCGCAGAGCGGCGGUCUGGGGGGCCUGAACAGGAAGAAGAGCAUCCCACUGUCCAUCCGCAACCUGAAAAGGAAGCACAAGAAAAAGAGGACCAAGUUCUCCCGCGAGUUUAAGCCCGGCGACAGGGUAGCGGUAGAGGUUGUGUCCACCAAGACCUCGGCCGACGUCCUCUGGAAGGACGGCCGCAUGGAGACACUCAUCCGCUCCAAUGACCUCAUCCCCAUCCAGCACCUGGACAACCACGAGUUCUGCCCCGGAGACUUUGUUGUCGACAAACGAUCCCAAGCCCCUACGGACCCAGGCGUGUACGGGGUCAUCCAGUCGGGUGACCACAAGGGCAGGACGUGUGCCGUGAAGUGGAUCAAACUCAACGCCUCCAGCGACAACGUAGAGGUCAUAGGAGAAGAGGAGGAUGUUAGUGUGUACGACAUCGCCGACCACCCAGACUUCCACUUCCGUACCACUGAUAUCGUCAUCAGGAUAGGGAACUCUGAGAACGAGCGGAAUACAGAGUGUGAGAACGAUACAUCAGUAGGCCAGGUCUUCAGAGUGGACGUGAGCAGCAAGGUGGAGGUGGUGUGGGCUGACAACUCCAUGACCAUCGUCCUGCCACAGGUACUCAUGCACCUGUACAACGUGGAGUCUGAGAUCGAGGAGACUGACUAUGACUCCGUGGAGGAGAGCAGCAGUGGCCUGUCCACGGAGGAGUGGGAGGACGAGAGCGACAGCUGGGAGACUGACAACGGCCUGACUACCAACGAGGACGACCAGCACCCCGCCAACGAGGACACCGCCACCCCGGCCCCCACCGGCCCCAGCCCCUUCAUCAUCCCCCCCGAGGAGGGAGGCAAAGCAGGGGCUACCACCCCCACCAAGCCCCCUAACGCCAUAGAGGACCAGGAGGGAGCUGGGGCUAUAGCCAGCCCAGGCGCCGGUGCUGGAGGAACCACCCCUGGAGCAGGAGGGGGUGAUGCUGCAGAGAAGCUCCCCGGGAAAGACUGCACGCCGCGGGGCUUCCGUGAGCUCAAGGAGGCCCUGAAGAUCCUGGAGAGCCUGAAGAACAUGACCGUGGAGCAGCUAUGGACGGGCGGCUCGCCUACCUCGCCCACAUCCGGUGCCACGCCCUCCGCCAACGGGACUAACGCCAACACCGCCACUGCCGUCACGCCAGAGAAACCCACCAAGGAGAAGCGCUUCCUGGAUGACAUCAAGAAGCUUCAGGAGAACCUGAGAAAGACCCUGGACAAUGUGGCCAUCGUGGAGGAGGAGCGGAUGGAGGCGGUGGUGGAGGCCGGAGGAGGCGGCGCAGGAGGAGGUGGGAGUACGGAAGGAGGAGAAAGAGGGGGUGAAGAAAGGCCCCAGGAGGAGGUGGCGAAGACGCCAGGCACGGCACCAGAGUGGCCCAGCGAUACGCCUGUCUUGUGCCAACAGAGUGGUGGCAAGCCCGGCGUCACCUUCACCAGUGCCAAGGGAGAGGUGUUCUCUGUGCUGGAGUGGUCACCAGACACCCACACCUUUAAGAAGAUGGAGUUCCAGCCGGCCGAGGCCAAGAAGUUUUUCAGCACCGUGAGGAAGGAGAUGGCUCUGCUGGCUACCUCGCUGCCCGACGGCAUCAUGGUGAAAACCUUCGAGGACCGCAUGGACCUGUUCUCAGCUCUGAUCAAGGGGCCCACGCGCACCCCUUACGAGGACGGCCUGUUCCUCUUCGACAUCCAGCUGCCAAACAUUUACCCGUCGGUGCCGCCCCUCUUCCGCUACCUGUCACAGUGCAGUGGGCGCCUCAACCCCAACCUCUACGACAACGGCAAGGUCUGCGUCAGCCUGCUGGGCACCUGGAUCGGCAAGGGUACAGAGAGGUGGACCAGCAAGUCUAGCCUGCUGCAAGUGCUCAUCUCCAUCCAAGGCCUGAUCCUGGUCAACGAGCCCUACUACAAUGAGGCAGGUUUUGACAGUGACCGGGGCCUGCAGGAAGGCUAUGAGAACAGUCGCUGCUACAACGAGAUGGCCCUCAUCAAGAUGGUGCAGUCCAUGACCCAGCUGCUGCAGACUCCUAUCGAGGUGUUCCAGCAGGAGAUCCGGCAGCACUUCACAUCCAACGGCUGGCGCCUGGUGCACCGCCUGGAGGCCUGGCUGGAGCUCCACGAGCUAGCUGAGAGGGGCCCGCCGCCAAGGCCAUCCCGGGACAGGCCUCCCUCAGUGGGGCCUCUAGACGAGACACUCCCCUUGGAUCUUCUGGCCCACAGCACUCCCAACAAGCACCAGGGCACCGGGGAUGAAGAGCUGGAGGACUCUGGCCUAAGCUUUUCCACCAUCGCCGCCUCCCAGCAGGAGCUCAGCCAGAACUUGGACUGCGACGGCACCGUCUCGGCCAGUGAGGUGGCCGGGGCGAGCGUGGUGGUCUCCGGGUCGGUUAGGGGGGCCGCCUCAGACUCCGCAGGCGGUAGCCAGCCGGCGGUGCGACCAAAGAAGCGCAGGAAGAGCUACCGGAGCUUCCUGCCCGAGCGGAGUGGGUAUCCAGACAUUGGCUUCCCCCUCUUUCCUCUCUCCAAGGGCUUUGUGAAGAGUGUGCGCUGCGUGCUGCUGCAGUACCGGGCCGCCUUGGCCGCCACCUCCAUCCCCGACCACGUAGAGGACAAGUAAGUGACUAGUGACUCCCCCAACGCCCACCACCACCUCAAUCCUCAGCCCACCCUCCAAGAGCUGCACUGUGCCCUCAAUGAUCUCCCAAAUAGCCCCUGUACCCUCUGAUCCCCCUUGACCAGCUGCUGCCCAGUGCCCCUGCCCCUCGGCCAUCUAUCGAGUGCACUCUUGCUCCCCCCUCCCCUUCCUCUGACCACUAGAAGCUAACUAGGUGUAUGCGCUUUCCUUCAGUGUCCAGAGUCCAGACAGAGGCCAGAUGUGAAGGGAGAGGAGUGGGAGUGUCUUAUGGAGAUCUAAGCCACGGACCAUAAGCACCCUCCCCCAUAUUGGACCUUCUGCGCUCUCAUGGACACACAGACGAGGAGCGAGAGCCUCGACUGGAAGGCAGCGCCACACGUCUGCUCCUCGUGGGCCCUGACGGACGAGAGAGGAGGAAGGAGAGGAAGAGAUGUAGAGAAGCUGGUUUGUUUAAAAAAAGGUGCCAUUGACUUGCAUCGUCUAUAGCUGCUGUAAGGGGAAGUGGAAUUACCUGAAGAGAGACAUUCUUUGUCGAAUUGGCGCCACAAAUUAAAAUGUUACUCCGUUGUGUCAAUUGGAUCUAAAAAACGAAAUGGAGACAGUAGCCAUGGCCUCCUGGAAUCUGCAAGGUCAAAAAGUGCAACCCGGAUUGAUUCUCUAAGCUGGGUUUUCUCUGAACUACGUUUCCCAGUAUGCCUGGCUCCUUUGACCCUAGCGGGCACCCUUAGUACUGCUCCUAUGCCCCGUUACCACCCUGCACUCUCCAAUCAACAGACAAUCUCGGCAGGGCUGGGCACCUUUUGACAUGCUGACAUAGAGUUUCUUUUUAAAGUAGAUGUUACUGGGUGUUUUGCUUUUUGCCCUGCUCCUGUUGUUCUUUCUCGACUUUAGAGACACACUAUCUGAAUGUUAUUAACUGCCCACCUACAACCGCUUCCUUCUGCUAUGUCCUUGCUGGUUUCCUCGCCAAUCGCUCGCACCAAAACAUGUCGUUGCAGAAACACUUGAGUGACAAGUUUACAUACUAAUCACCACUUCUGGAUGUUAUCUACACUACUAGGCCCUACGGUACAUUGCUGGCUCUAGAGGAGUGCAGUUACACGUAACUAUAUGAAGGACAGUCUGUUUCCUCUAGGUAAGGUCAAAUGAGCUCUUUAAUAUCUUUGACUGUAGAACGUUUCCAUUCUAAGACUUGAUAACUUUCUGACACUGUACAGACUUUUUAUUUUUUAUUUUAAGUUAUCACCCAUUUCGGUCUUAAGACUUUUUUCUUUUCUUCAAGGGAUCAAGGCUAGGUUGAAAUUAUACAGUGUAAGGCAGUGUUCGAAAAACACAUUCAUUGGACCAGCACAGUUGCUGAUUCUACAGGAUUAGUGUUGAAAAUGUGACCAGUGGCUGUAGAUAAUUUGAGAAGAAAAAAAUGUUGAAAUGAAUAGAAUGACAGAAACAUGAGUUUGUUGAGUAGUUAAGCUGAAAUUCACUAUGAUGCCCGCAAUUUCUGUACUGCUAACAUUAACUUCCAUUCAUUUUCGCUCUGGCGCUGGUUCAAUUUAAUGUUUAUUUUCUAAUUCUUCUCCAUAGAAUUAUUACGUUGUCUUAACCUUCUCCAUCUUCAAGGUGGUGACCUUUUUCAUUUAUUGCAGCUUUUAUUGACCUUUUGAGCCACUUUAAAGGCUGGUCGUUCAGAAUGGUCCUCCAGAGCUAUCCCCCAAUCCCCUCUUCUGCUCACUCAUUAGGCUACUACUAGAGACGGGGCCACAACAGUGCACAUGACACGAGUAAAAACGCGAUCUAUUCCAUCACUAAAUGAGUCUUAUCUCAACAUGUUGCCUUACUUGAAUUGUUCUUCUUAUUAAUACAUUAUCAGACCCUAAUGUACAGAGCUGCUUGUUACCCCGGCCUGAUACCCACGACAUUCACCCCCAUUCCAGUGUUCAGAGGUUGGUUGUCUAACAUCAGAUCUGGGGUCAGCUUUCCCUGGACUUGUGCUUAAUUUAACCAUUUGGAGGUAGGAAAAAUGAAUAAUAAAUAUAACAUAACUGAUUCCAGAUCUGUUUUGACAAUGGCAACAGCCCACAAGUUGAAUGAUAAAGUUACAGUUUCAGCCACUGUAUUCCAGUGUUACUCUGAACUGCUGUUUGUUCGGUGAUGGAGAUUGAUAGAAGUUUGUAGACAGAUUGAGUGUGGAUGCAGAAGCUUUAUACUUGAUUUGGUUUUGUUCUUGCCCUUUUGCCAUGAGCACGAUGGAGUGUCACUGUCCCCAAGAUCGGAGUGCUGUCCUGUUCUCUUUAAUUUUCCCAGUUUAAAGGGUGAAUGAUGCACUUUUGACAAUAUGGCCUCUGGCAUAGUCAUGCUUGUACUUUGUGAUAUUACUUUUAUAUUUCUUUAAAUUAUUGCUGGUUUGUUUAUACUUGCUUGAAUUGGGUAAAAAUGGUCAGUGUUCUAAACUCAGCAAAAAAAGAAACCUCUCACUGUCAACUGCGUUUUAUUUUCAGCAAACUUAACAUGUGUAAAUAUUUGUAUGAACAUAAGAUUCAAGAACAGACAUAAACUGAACAAGUUCCACAGACAUGUGACUAACAUAAAUAGAAUGUGUCCCUUAACAAAGAGAGGAGGUCAAAAUCAAAAGUAACAGUCGGUAUCUGGUGUGGCCACCAGCUGCAUUAAGUACUGCAGUGCAUCUCCGCCUCAUUCCCCCCACUCUUCCACCAAGGCACCAGCAAGUUCCUGGACAUUUCUG